CCACAAGCAGAUAACCACAUCUGACUUCCCAUUAAUGCCCCCAAUCUAACUUCAAUACUCAUUUCUUCUCAACCUUCAAAUUUCAUUUGAAACUAAAUUUAUUCAUUUCCCAUCCCUUGUUUAAUUUCUUCCCCCCUAAGAAGAAAAAAUAAAAAUAAAAAAACUAUAGAGAUGGGGAAGAAAAAAACAUUGAACAUCUCUUCUCUUCUCAAAAACACAGAACUCAAAUAUUCAUCUUCUUCUUCAUCAUGGCCAUGGCCAUAUUGUCACCAACCAAAAACACUCUCUUUUAGAGCUGAUAACAUCAACAAAGAUGACACUUUCAAAACCAUUAACUCAGUUUACUUGGAUGCUUCUGAAUCCUUCUCCACUGUUUCUCCAAACUGUGAUUCUAGCUUUUCAAAAGCUUCUAAUGAUCAAGAAUCCAAACAAGUUGAUUCGAUCGAAACUGUGAUUCGUGGAUUAUCUUCUGAUCGGUUUUUCUUUGAGCCAGAUGAGACCAACUCCAUCUUAGAGGUUAAUAAUAAAGCUGCUGCAAUUGGAGGUGGUGAAACUCAAAGCUUGCCAUUCAAAGAUAGUGUAGUUUUAUCUAUGGAAUCUCGAGAUCCUUAUGUCGAUUUUCGAAAGUCUAUGGAGGAAAUAGUAGAAGCUCACGAUGUUAAAGAUUGGGAAGGUCUUCAAGAGCUUUUGAGUUGGUAUUUGAAGGUCAAUGAGAAAAUCAAUCAUGGCUAUAUUGUUGGUGCUUUUGUUGAUUUAUUGGUUGGUCUUACAUUUGCUUCGACUUCUUCGUCAUUUUCUACUUCAUCUUCUUCGUCUUCUCGUUCUCCUUCUUCUCCUUUAUCGUUUUAUAGUUCUUCUUUGUCUUCCUCUUAUAGCACUCGUUGUGUUUCUUGUUCGGAAGCUCGCGAGGAAGAGGUUGAUACUCCUAGUUCUUCUUUGUUGUUAGAACAAGUUAGGGAGGAGAUUGAUUGUGAAGAUGAAGUUGAAGCUUCACAAACUCAAGCUUCAACUUCAUCUUCGUCUUCAAGUACUUAAUUUAAGGUUGAGGGGAAUGAUUUUAAUUAUGUAUACCAAAUAGUAGUAGUAGUGUAUCAUAAAGUAACAUUUUUUGUUUCAUUAUUUUUCAUGUUAA